AAACAAGUGCCAUACUUGUCACUGAACCUCUGCCUCUUCCCUCCUUAUCCACUCCAUUGCUUCAAUCUGAACCGACGGAGUUCUUGGCAGUAGCAGAGAAGACGAAUGAGAGUGGGCAUGGCCGCUUCGCUUUCAGCUUCUCCCUACACAUGCUCCUCCAAAUCCGUUCUUUUGCGCAAGUUUCGCCCCAACAUCAAACUCCGAAGAAGUUGCUUCAGAAUUUCUGCCUCAACCUCCGUUCUUGCCGAUGGAUCUCCUCUUCUUCAAGCCGCCAAGCAUACUGUGGAUGCAUACGUAAAAAGUGGAAUGGUUAUUGGCUUGGGGUCUGGUCAAGCUUCUGGCAUGGCCAUUGGGUAUCUUGGCCGGUUGCUUCGAACAGGUGCUUUGAAAGAUAUAGUAGGGAUACCCAUGUCCAUAACAAGUGCGAGUGAAGCUGCCAAGGCAGGAAUUCCACUAGACCAGUUCAAUGAUAGUUCUCAAAUUGAUUUUUCAUUUGAUGAUGCUGAUAUUAUGGAAGAAGGAACCCUGAUUGCUGUCAUUGGGCAUAGGAAACCGCAAGUGGAAGAUUCAAUAAUCCAGGAGAAGUCUAUAUUAAAUGCUUCCAACCAGCUUGCAUUCAUGGUAAAAGAUAGCCAAUAUAUGGGUGGCCCCGAGGGUUCUAUUCCAGUUCUAGUGAAUUCUCUUAAUUGGAUGCAAACUGCAGAAGAAAUUGAUGAUCUCUUUUUAGGGGAUGCCGAGGUAUGGAGGAGGCCAUCGAUUGGGCAUGCAGGUCCCCUCGGGGGCGACUUCCCAUUUGUCACUAGAGAAGGGCAUAACAUUCUGGAUGUCAUAUUUACAUCUCCAAUAUCAAGUCUGGCUGCAGUGGCAGAAAGUCUUGAACAGAUCGAUGGAAUUGUAGAUCAUGGAGUCAUUUCUAAGUUUCCUUGCACAGCAGUUAUUGCAUCUGAAAGUGGGCUGCAAAUUGUCGAUAAUCUGCAGAGGAAUAUGGUAUAGAGUGAUUGCAGUGUACAGAUCAAUGCCAUCACAGGUAAUUUUGCAAGUCACGAACGUCCCAAUUUAAAUUUUGUGGAAGUUAUGUAAACCAUGACAAGAAAUACACUAUCUACCUUCGAUAUUAGAUGAUCUAUGGGUUUUGACGUCCUUUUACGUCAUGCUAUAUCUAUACAUUCAUCUGAGAGUACUCGUCUAUCUCAUCGACCAAUAUGCCUGUACAUGAAACUGAUAUACAUUGUCUGAUCAUUUAUAGUAUAAAGUAAUGCAAGUGAUAAGUGUGUUUGA